GACCGAUACAAAAGAGGAGUCACCACUGCUAGCACUGCCCAAUCUAACGUGACAGCCAAAUACAACACCACCACAACCGGCCACACGACCACACCCUCACCUAACGAUAUUGAAAUGACCUUGAACUAUGACCCCAUAAUCAGUCAAACGUUUUUAGAAGUGACCCAGGCGCCGACUGCCGGUCACCUGGAGUUCACCCACAUCAGUUCACUGACCGGGGCAAUCAUCUUGAACUGCGAGGCGAAGCUCAUGCAGUUCAUGGGUAACCCUCCGGUCACCAUAAGUAUCUGGGAAGACGAAAAACAGUUAUCAUCUAUUGUGAACGUGAAAAAGUUGCAGUACAGUUUAAACUCAUUGAGUGGAACAAACUAUUCGUGUGGUCUUACUGGUGUGGCUCUGAUGUGUGUGCCUGAUGGAGACACCCGACUCCAACGGAUAAUUCUGAUGUCCCAAGACCUGAAAACACAGACCACCGAGACCUACAACUCGAUCGAUCCCUACGUCAUACUGUACGGGGCCCAGGUCAUAGUCUGUAUCGCCAUGGUCCUCUGGAACAUCUCCCUCUUGCUUGAGCACAUCCAGAUCAUCAUCUCCCAGCAGAAGAUCAUCAGCAUCAUCAAAGUGGACCAGGAGCUGCAGAAGAUUGCCAUCGACCCCAACUAUCAUCCAGUCAUCCCAGAUUAAAGAGC